CAAAACAAAAACAGAAAAAAAUUGGUUUGCCUUUGAUUUUUGGGAUAUUUCAUAUUUUAUUUCAGCACAUUUUAUUAAAAAGUAGAUAUAGUAUAUAAGAAUAUUAUGAAGUGAUAGUGAAUUUAUAUAUUAUGAUAACAAAAUAAAGGAAAUAGGAAUAAAAAAUGAGUAAUAUUUAUAUACAAGAACCGCCUGCUCUGGGCAAGGUGCUUUUAAAAACUUCAGCAGGGGACAUUGAUAUUGAAUUAUGGACAAAAGAAACUCCCAAGGCAAGCCGCAACUUCAUACAGCUGUGCAUGGAAGGGUAUUACAAUGGCACAAUAUUUCACAGAGUGGUGCCCGGGUUCAUUGUGCAAGGAGGUGAUCCCAGUGGGGAUGGUACUGGAGGGGAGUCUGUAUAUGGAGCUCCUUUUAAAGAUGAAUUCCACUCUCGACUCCGGUUUAAUAGAAGAGGUCUGGUGGCAAUGGCCAAUGCAGGCAAAGAUGACAAUGGGUCACAGUUUUUCUUUACGCUGGCUGCUACACCUGAACUUCAAAACAAACACACAAUUUUUGGAAAAGUUACUGGCGACACAAUAUACAAUGUGCUGAAGUUAUCCGAGGGUCUAAUAGGCCCUGAUGAUAGACCAGAGCAUCCUCACAAGAUCACCAGCACCGAAGUACUCAUCAACCCGUUCGACGACAUAGCUCCCAGAGUGCAAGAGAAGAUAGAAGAAGACAGACCAAAGAAGAAGAAGAAGGAAAAACAGGGGGUUAAAAAUUUCGGUCUUCUCUCCUUCGGCUUGGAGGCGGAGGAAGACGAAGGUGAGGCGCAGGAGUUCAGAGGGAAACCCAAGUCCACUCACGAUCUUCUAGAAGAUCCUAAGUUGAGCAAGAAGACUGCUGCUGAAUUAGAGUUAGAGCAAGAGAAAAUAGAAGAAGAAUCAUCAGUCCAAACAGAGGAAAAGAAGAAAGAAACGGAAGCGGCCGUCAGUAACAUAAGAGAUAAACUCAAAAAGAGAGAGAAAUCUCCCGAAGAGAGUGCAGACAGGGAUGAUGACGAUAGUAAGAGAAGAAAGGAGAGUGACUCAGAGGAAGAGUAUUAUUUAGGAAAAGAAAGGGAUAUGGAGAGGCAGAAAGAGAGAGACCGAAUAAGGCAAGAAAUAAAACAGUUAAGAAAAGAGAUGAAAGGCCCAAAACCCGAGGAGUUAAAGGAAGAAAACACAGAAGAGAAGAAAGUAAAGAGUUUGGAAGAAGAGAACGAAAUGUACAAGCAGUUUGUAGAAGAGCAAGAGAAGUAUAAAAAGAUGAAAGAGAAAAUACCUAAGAAAGGAGCUGCUAGAAGCAGACGAACGAAAUUCACGAAGAAACCGUUAAAAAAGAAAGCGUGGGCCAAGAAUUUGUACGAAAAUCGCGACUAUCCAGACAAUUACACCGAUUCCAAAUUCCUGGAAGACCUAAGAAAGAAUUUAUUCGUGGAAAAAGUUACCUUAAAACAAGCAGUGAAAGGAUCAUUUUACGUCGUCCUACGUCUGUGUAUAUGUGUUCUUUACGCCAUCUUGUUUAUUUAUAUGUACAAUAAAUGGAUACACACUCACACAGUGAUAUAUGCAUCUAUAGGUGUUGCGUGUGUGUGUUAUCUUCUGUAUUUUUACAUCGAAGGGGGUGCUUUGUUAAUGCAUUUAAAAAUAGUUCUUAUUUACUUGGUGAUAGGGUAUAUUUUGUCACCUGUACUACACACAUUGACAGAUACGGUUAGUACAGAUACGAUAUACGCUUGGUCUGUAAUAAUGAUGUUAGUGCAUUUAAUGUUUUUCGAUUAUAACGUACCAGCUGCGUUCGUAUCGAAAUCGUUAUCGAUAAACGCUGCGAUAUUUUCGUCUGUAUGUCUAGUUUCUCGAUUAUCGACACCAUUCGAUGCUUUUGUAUUGCUCACUAUAUCGGUAAAAUUAUUCGUAUUAAGUCCACAGUUAUUCAAAUCGGUAUCAAGCUCCGGUUUAUUUGUAACGUUAUUUAGCGUAACGUUAUUGGUAACGGUAUUUUCUUUGUAUACAGUUUCGGGUGCUCUGUUGUCUUAUUUUGUUAUUCUUGUCUUAUUUUUAAGUGGUUACUGCCCGGUAAUGUUUGUGAGAUGGCAGAAGUACAAAGAUAAUAUCUAUGGACCGUGGGAUGAGGCGAUAAUUAACAAUUCAGAUGAAUUCGACGAUUUCCCAUGAU